CGGAAGUCGUAUAUUUUUUUCUUCUUCUGCGCGACUUGACAGCAGAGCCAAAGAAAGUGGCGUUGCAGGAUAAUAAACGGAGGAGAGGCAGCUCGAACGGAGGCAGAGAGUCAGCCCUGGUCCUGACAUUCUGUAAAAAAAAAAUAUAUUUCGGAUAAUGCAGUCUUCCAAAAGGAGCGAGGGUGACUGGCAGGGGCUCGUCAGCGAGUUCCUGGUGUGUAAGCGCAAGCUGGAGAGUAAGAAAGAGGCCCUGCUCAUUCUGUCCAAGGAGCUGGAUACCUGUCAGCAGGAAAGAGACCAGUACAAGAUGAUGGCCAACCAGCUGAGGGAGCGCCACCAGGGACUCAAGAAAAAGUACACGGAACUCAUUGAUGGUGACCCCUCUUUGCCACCAGAAAAACGCAAUCAAGUGAACCUGGCUCAGCUGGUGAGAGACUCGAGGGCGCGAACGAAACAGCUGGCUGAGGAGGUGAAGGAGCUGACUCAGAGGCUCACCGAGGCCCAGGGGGAUAACAAGCUGCUGAGAAUGACCAUUACUCGACAGAGGCUGGGGGAUGAGGAGGUGGGCGCGCGCCAUUUCCCCGCCCAUGAACGUGAGGAUCUAGUUAACCAGCUAGAGAGAGCAGGGCUACAGAUGGAGGAGAUGGAGCACAACAUGAAGGCUCUGGCGGACGAGCUGCAGGACGUGAAGUCGGAGCGCAGUGUGUUCAGGGAGAAGACCUACCGACUCAACGUGGAGCUCAACCACAUCUUGGGCAACCGUGAGGCACGCAUCAUUGAUGUGGAUGCCCUCUGCAUGGAGAACAGGUACUUGCAUGAGCGUCUCAGCCAACUGCAAGAGGAAGUGAACCUGCUGAAAUCCAACAUCAUGAAGUACAAGACAGCUCUUGAGAGGAGAAAAAACUACAGCACAUAUGGGAAAUCAAACAGCAGUCCUCUAUCUGGCGUCCUCUCAGCCAAACAAGUUCAGGAGAUGCUCCUGGAAGAGCAGGGCUGCAACCUGCCAGCCACGCCUCAGUCCAUCUCCGACCUCAAGUCCCUGGCCACGGCUCUGCUGGAGACCAUCCACGAAAAGAACCUGGUCAUCCAGCACCAGAGGCACACCAACAGGAUCCUUGGAAACAGAGUAGCUGAUUUGGAAAAGAAGCUGAAGACGUUGGAGGUUUCAGGACUAUGGAGUCUUCCAGGCUUGACCUACCGCGUAUCCGUGGGAAUUGGGAGGACACGAGACAAUAUGACACUGAAUGAAAACCUUCAACCAGAGCUUCAUCCAACACGUGCCAAAACUCAGCCAAACAUGCAGCCAUCCAAAGCUGUGUCAGACGACAGAAGUUCACAUGAAUCAUCGUGGGAAUGCCACACCGCUGGCAGCGAUCUUGGCACAGAUGGCGUCAGCAGGGAAGACGCACCUGCACAGCUCAACAGCCUGGAGCCUCUGGUGGGGGUGGAGACGAAUGGGAUUGACAGGAGAGGGGGAGAAAUCGAGACCCUGACAGGAGAUGGAGCCGCCUCAGGGCUGGAGGAGGGGCGGAGUCCAGUGGAAGAGGCGGGGCAUGAGGUAGAGGGAGGGGAGGAUGAAGAACUGGGUUCCACGGUGGAGGAAGGAGAAGAGGCAGCUCUGGCGCUGGGUGUAAUGUCCACUGAGUCAGACCUUUCAUGGCUUCCAAUUAAACAAGCCUCUUUUGAUCAUUCAGAAGUGGGUCAUCAGCCCUGCCAGUUCCAGGACGAUAAGUCAAAUCAUGCACCCGAACAUGUAGAAGACUCUGUAUCAAUUCCAGAGAACCAGUCCACAGAGGUGUCGAAUACAGGGGACUGGGACGUUGUGGAUCUGCGCAGUGACACCUGUCAUAGUGACAGCUUGGCAUGAUCGGACGUCACUGAAAGAUUUAUUUAAAUCCACGUCCUUGUCGUUCUCCUUGAUAAUUGCAUUAAUCAGCCCUACUUGCAUUCACACACCGUGGCCACCGCUCGCUAGCUCCCUGCUCCACCUAGCAGCUCUGUUUUACUCAAUAAAACUGAGAGAAAAAACACUUUUUCAGCCACCGUUGACAGAGCCGGAGGUGCACUUUGUACCUAGACAGGGUCGUUGCUGCGCUGGAACACAAAAUCUUGAAAUCAAUGGAGUUGCAAACUUCAUGCCCUACAGGAAGAAUUUAGCUAGGAAAAUAACAAAUAUAGCAACCUCAACUCCUGUGCCCUAUAUUCCCUUCUUACUUUCCCCUAGGAUAAGAUGAUCCCAAUUGUUUGCUUUCUUCUUCCUCCUAAGGGAUGCCAAUAAACUGAGUGCUGCAUUUUGCUAUUCUCAUAGGGGGUCAAAAUUGGCUUACUAAAACUUGUAAUGAAUGUGUUGUACAUAUGUCUUUUGAUGUGUAUUCAUCUGUACGUAUGAUUAGGAAAAUCUUACUAAUCCGUCAGUUAUUUAUUUAUUUAGAAGUUGAUAUUUGGAUGAGACUACAUGUGCCUUAUAUGUGGAAAUAUAUACUGAUAUUUAUUAAUAUAAAUACAUAAACCUGCAAAAUGACCUCUCUUGAAGUUGGUCUUAUCUGACCCACGCACAAGCACCCAAAAAAAUCAAUUGUAUGAGAACGUGAUUGUAACAAUAUCCACUUUAACUGUAACUAUUGUCAAUGAAGAGGUACUUGGGUUCACCUGA